AUGUCGAAGCUGACGAGAAAAGGCGCGGCGGCGGCGGCGGCGGCGACGACGACGACGACGAUGGACGACGACGACGACGCAGAGGGGGAAAGAAAUUCCAAUUCCAAGGUUUACAUAGGGAAGAGGAAAGGGAGCAAGAACAAGAUGGACAAGCUGUACUCGUCGUUCAAAUCGAACUUGACGAAGAAAUCGACGCACUCGGGGGGAGGAGGAGGAGGAGGAGAAAACGGGACGGUCGAGAAGGAGGAGGAGAACGGGGAGGAAGACUCGGUCGAUCCGAGGGACUUGGGAGACGGGUUGAGGAGAGUUGAAUUUCCUUCCUCGGCGAAAGCUUCGUACCCGAAGUUUGAAAACGUGGAGAAAGAGUUUGAGGCCAUGUAUAAAGAGUUGGAGAAGUCUCGCGACGAUAAGAGAAAGGAAACGGAGAAGAUGGAGGAGAAGAUGAGGAGAAUGGUGAGCGCGGUGGAGAAGGAGGAGGAGGACGAGGAGGACGAGGAAUCGGCGGGGAAGAGUUUGACGGAUGAGGAGGCGUAUUUACGAGCGAAUUCUUCUUCGUUGCGUUUGCACAACAGGAUGUUUCGGAUCACGUUGUAUUCGUCGUUUCAACAAAUGGUGACGAUAGCGGUCGUGUUGUACGCUUUGUUGGAAACAGCGGAUAACUGGGAGGGGAAUUCCUCGACCGAGAAGAAAGGCGGGACGAGCUGGGAAGUCAUUCAAGCUUUGCACUACAUCGUUUCCUUGAUUUUCUUUUUUGAAGCCGGGGUGAAGAUUAUGGGUGCCGGGCCAACGGCGGUGAGCGAGAAAACUGGGAAGGAAACGCUCGUGAAGUGGAAACCUCUCGACUAUUUCGUGAAUUGGGAAAACGCCGUGGAUUUCACGAUUUUGUUCUUCAUGUCGUUAAAUUACAUCUCGACGUGGGCGAAUACUACCCUCGGGGAUUUAACGUACGAUCACAUACGAGUCAUACGUUUGUUUCGAUUGAAUCGAUGCGUGAGAUAUUUUCGACGCAAUCCUGAGUUUAAGAUCAUUUUGGACGGUAUUGGCUCUGGUAUCGCCUCCAUGGGAUGGGUUUUUGUGAUGUUGAUGAUUGUCAUGUACAUCUACGCCGUGCUAGGGACGAGUUUGUUCUACGGCCUCGAUCCGAAGAAUUUUCGAAGCUUGCCGUACGCGCUGAAUUCUGGGAUGGGCAUCGCCACCGGGUCUUCCUGGGAUGAGUUUCUCUACGCCACGUGGUACGGCUGCGAGCACUACGGCUACCCCUCGCCGAACGACGUGGAUUGUCCGUAUCGAUUAAACGCCGACGGUACGAAAACGUACGCCAAAGGUAACGGCGUUCUUUCGGCCAUCUACGUUAUUUCCAUGGCGUUUCUCGUCGGUAACAUCAUGAUGUCGCUCUUCAUCGGUAUCAUCACCGAACGAAUGGACCAAGCGUACGAGGCUAAGGAGACGUUGAAACGUAAGCGAAUCGUAAACGCGUUGCGAAAAACCAAAGGCGCAAUUUGGGAGUCUCGAGAGAAGAUGAACGAAACGUUGCCGGAAGCUGCGUACACAGAAGUCAUGGACAUGAUGAAUUUGUUGAGUGGAAGUGCUCAGACUCAAUCCAUGCACGAGAGAGAAGCGGCGACUGAGAACACGUGGUUUCAGGAUUUGCAGGUAAAACUUCAAAAGAUUACCCAAAACGACUUUUUCGAGUACUUCGUCAUGGGCGUGAUUGUAUUCUCGGCCAUUUUAUCGGGAUAUUCGACGCAGUUUUUGGAUUAUUCAAACCCAGAUGCCUCGCCUCCGGAAUGGACGGAAAUCCUCGAACGUAUUUUCAUCUUCACCUUCAUGAUUGAAUUUCUGAUAAAAAUUAUCGGUUUAUGGGACAAAGAGAGGACGUAUUACACCGGCGAAGACGCAAAGUGGAAUAUGUUCGACGCCGCGACCACUUUAGUUGGAUUUUUUGGCAUGGUUUUUGAAGACUCUGGCCUCGGCGGUGGCAGUAUAGCCGGAUUUUCUCGAAUCGUUCGUUUGCUUCGUUUGGCGAGACUGUUUCGAUUCUUCAAAGUUAUCCCGCAGUUGAACUUAAUCGCCAAGUCAUUAGUUCUCGGCGUGAAAUCUUUGAAAUACGUCGGUACCCUUAUGUGCUUCAUCUUCUACACGUGGGCUAUUGCCGGGGUGAUGCUUUUCUCGGACAACGAUCCGUUCUUCAUGCGAACGUUACCGGUUGCGUUUUACCACCUCUUUCGCGUGUCGCAACUCGAAUCCUGGGCAAAUAUUGUUCAAAUCAACCUAGAAGGUUGCGACAAGAACAGGUGGGGCGUAAACGACGGUGGCGCGGCGUACGUUGGUUUGCAAUCCAAUUCGGGCAUUCACGCCGACCGCGUAUACGAGUGUGAUCGUCCAAAGGCGCAACCAUUCGUUGGUUCACUCUAUUUCUACUCCUUUGUGGUGAUGUGCGGGAUGGUAAUUAUUUCCGUCUUCAUCGGGGUAAUAGUCAACGGAAUGCACGCGGCAACGGCGGAAUCCAAAAUCGAAUUCGAACGAGAAAAGAGAAAGGAAAUCAUCUCAGAACACUACGAAUUACCCGCGUCGAAACUCGAAUCCAUUCGCAGAGUCUGGAAGCGUAUCAACUGGGCGAAAGCCAAGACGAUCAAAAUCCACCAAGUCGAAAAGUUGAUGGAACAGCUCGGCGUCGGAUACGUUCCGGGAUACUUGCACAAAGUCGUGAGUUACUGGAAACCGCCUCCGGAAGGAAACCCGAGCGCUAAAGUCAACGAAAUCGAUUACCCGGAUUUCAUUUUGAUCGUUUGCUUGCUCGAGAGAGCCGCGUAA